GCAGGGGCCCCGCGAAGGGAGUGCCCGGGCGGGGAUUCCCGGGAGCAGAACGGCUCUCGGAGGGGGCGUGGGCGGGCCCAAGCUCUGGGCCGCUCCCGGGAGGGGCGGGGCCAGGGCGGGGUGCUCGGGGCCUGGGUCCCCGAGAGAGGGUCCCGGGGGCCGGGGCGGGGCCGGGGGAGGCGCUGCGCAUCUGCAGGGCCGCGGUCGCGCAUGCGAACGAAGCCCAGACGGCUGGAGCCGCCGCCACCGCUGCCGCCGCUGCUGCCGCCCCUGCCGCCGAAGCUGCCGCCUCCACUCCCGGGAGCAUGAAGGACCGGACCCAGGAGCUCCGCACGGCAAAGGACAGUGACGACGACGAUGAGGUCACCGUUACCGUGGACCGGGACCGUUUCAUGGAUGAGUUCUUCGAGCAGGUGGAAGAGAUCCGGGGUUUCAUUGACAAGAUCUCAGAGAACGUGGAAGAGGUGAAGAGGAAGCACAGCGCCAUCCUCGCCGCCCCCAACCCCGAUGAGAAGACAAAAGAGGAGCUGGAAGAACUCAUGUCAGAUAUAAAAAAGACUGCCAACAAAGUCCGAUCCAAACUCAAGAGUAUCGAGCAGAGUAUUGAGCAGGAGGAGGGACUGAACAGGUCAUCGGCGGACCUGAGGAUUCGGAAGACCCAGCACUCCACAUUGUCCCGAAAGUUCGUGGAGGUCAUGUCCGAAUACAACGCCACCCAGUCUGACUACAGGGAGCGCUGCAAGGGCCGAAUCCAAAGGCAGCUGGAGAUCACUGGCAGAACCACCACGAGCGAGGAGCUGGAGAACAUGUUGGAGAGCGGGAACCCCGCCAUCUUUGCUUCAGGGAUCAUCAUGGACUCCAACAUCACCAAGCAGGCCCUGAGCGAGAUUGAGACCAGGCACAGCGAGAUCAUCAAGCUGGAGAACAGCAUCCGGGAGCUGCACGACAUGUUCACGGACAUGGCCAUGCUGGUGGAGAGCCAGGGUGAAAUGAUCGACCGCAUCGAGUACAACGUGGAGCACUCCGUGGACUACGUGGAGCGCGCCGUGUCGGACACCAAGAAGGCCGUCAAGUACCAGAGCAAGGCCCGAAGGAAGAAGAUCAUGAUCAUCAUCUGCUGCGUGAUCCUGGGCAUCAUCAUCGCCUCCACGUUCGGGGGCAUCUUCGGGUAGACCCCGCCCCUCCCCGCCCCCCUUCGGACCACCCGCGACAAGGAGGUGCCAACGGCUGCUGCUAACACGGGCCCCUGGGACGCCCCCCUCACCGGGCCCGGGGCCCCCCUCGUGCUCGUGCGCCCCUCCCCCACCAGGCCACAAGGGCCGGCCCCUCCCGGAGCAGCUGAGCCAUGUCAUGUGCAUGAUCUCAUUGUACCCUGUGUGUGUCUGUGUGGGGGCGGGCCGGGAUCCUGGGGUGGAAGGGGCUGCGGGAGGAAAACCAGCCGGGGGAAGUGGAAAAGGGAAGGGGCGGCCAGCGGGCCCAGGCCCCCGAGGCCUCCCAGAACGCCCAGGGCCCCGCUCUGACCCCGCCCAGGCACCCUUAGCCAGGCCCGUGUGCCCCCCUCCCACAAGCCCCAGGCCCCUGACCUCGGACCGCCCCCGCCCGGAUCGAGUCCCGCGACGGCCGGAACCGGGCCGGGGCCCCUUGGUGCUGCUGCCCACUUCUCAGGGAGGGACCAGCGAGGUGACACUGCUGAUCACUGCCAGGCUGGCACUGCCCAGGGUUCGACCUCCGACCCUUUCCAGCUCUCCCAGCCUCUCGCCCAUGUCCGUGAGACCCCAGAGAAAGACGGAGAACAUCCCCGUCCAGCCCCCAGGCCUGCAGGGCAAACCCCCCUACCCCCCUCCCCGGGGCCUCCCCUCCCUUGAGUUCCUGUGCCGGGGAGGCCGUGGGCAGCCGGCCUGGCCCUCGGGGAUGGAGCCCCCAGUCGCCCCCGGCCGCCCGUCCGGCCCUCGCUCCCGGCUCCGGGAUGGGGUCCCUGCGCCCGUGGAUGUUGCAUGUACAGGGCAUGCUCCCUGAGCUUCACUGUGCCCUCCCGCACCCGUCCUCUGCCUUCUCCCUCGCUUGAUGUGCCUUGUGCCAGGUCUGACGGGGGUGACGUCGUCGCAGUAUUCAUCAGCCAGCAGGGGGCCCUCCUCCCGCUGCUUGGGACUUUGGGGGAGUCCAGAAACAAAAUCCCCACUCGGAGCUGCCCCUGCCCCAUUCCUCCUCCUUCCUGUGGGUGCCCGGGCGGGCGCGGGCUCUCGGGGGCAGCCGCGUGUGGGUGUGAGUGUGUCCGUGUGUUGUCCGUGUGUCCGGUGCCCUCGCCAGGGCCCGCCCAGGCUCCCCGCGCCCCUGCCCCCCAAGGCUUCGCUCCAGCCCAGUGACUGACCACUGUCCUGCGCUGCCCCUCCCCCUCCCUUCUCACCAAAGCUCUUGGUGCAACCAGCUGCCCAUUUUGUGAAAUUUUUAUGUAGAAUAAACAUUUGUAUCUGUACCGGG